AUGGCACUUAAGAGGAGAAGGAGAGAGGGAGAGUGGGAUGGAUGGGGGAGUUUCGAAGGGGUUGAAAUGAAUUGGAAACAAUUUAUAAAUCGGAUAGUUGUUGGAAAAAUGAAAAGAUUGUCCGACGACGACGGCAAACAAGUGCGGGUUGGCGUUAAUAAAAAAAUUUCCCAAGUUUUAAAUCACUAUCGGAAAUUUCUGUGA